ACAGGUGUGAGCCACCGCGCCCGACCAGCACUGUCGUAUUUAAUACUCAUCACAAAUCUUUGCCUCAGGCAUGAUCAAGUCCAUGUUACAGAAGAGGAAACUGAGGCCAGAAAGCUACCUCUACCCAGAUGGAAAGAACCACAACCCAGACCUGACUGAGCUCGACCAGGCAGAACCCCAGCAGCGCAUCCACGUAUCAGAGGAGCAGCUGCAGCUCUACUGGGCCAUGGACUCCACAUUUGAGCUCUGUAAGAUCUGUGCUGAGAGCAACAAGGAUGUGAAGAUCGAGCCGUGCGGGCACCUGCUCUGCAGCCGCUGCCUGGCUACCUGGCAGCACUCGGACAGCCAGACCUGCCCCUUCUGCCGCUGCGAGAUCAAGGGCUGGGAGGCUGUGAGUAUCUACCAGUUCCAUGAUCAGGCUACUGCUGAGGACUCAGAGGACGGCAGUGACCAGGGAGGCAGAGAGUUGGAGCUGGAGCAG